GUUUCAAAAAAAAUAAAAAAAUAAAAAAUAAAAGUACUUGUGCUUUUUAUUUUCAUAACGAAAUAUUCUUUUAGUUUGCUUUCCUUUUCCCCUUCCUCUGAACUCUGAGUUUUCAACCGAUCAUACCAUCAUGAACAACUUACUCACGGAUUCAUUCGUUGAUGAUGCCCAAGGUCAUGGUGAUAUAGAAAUGGGAAGGCAGGUUCCCGGAAGCACCUCAGACAUGGGAAUGGAAGCUUUUAAUAAGCAGAUGCAAGAGGUCGAGAAGCAAGUGGAGAAGCUCUCUGGAUUACUAAGAAAACUCAAGGAUGCUAAUGAAGAGUCCAAGUCUGUUACAAAGGCCUCUGCUAUGAAAGCUAUGAAGAAGCGAAUGGAGAAAGAUAUCGACGAGGUUGGAAAGAUAGCCCGUAAUGUCAAAGCAAGAUUAGAAGCAAUAAACAAAGAAAACUUAACCAAUCGGCAAAAGCCUGGAUGUGAGAAAGGAACAAGCAUUGACAGAUCCAGGAUGAAUGUUACAAAUUCUGUGGCAAUAAGAUUCAAGGAUUUGAUGAUGGAAUUUCAGACUCUUAGGCAAAAGAUUCAGGAUGAAUAUCGGGAGGUUAUAGAAAGAAGGGUUAUUACAGUUACCGGGACUAGACCAGAUGAACAGACAAUUGACCGGCUCAUUGAAACUGGAAAAAGUGAACAAAUUUUCCAGAAGGCAAUUCAAGAACAGGGACGAGGACAGAUACUAAAUACAGUAGAGGAAAUCCAAGAAAGACAUGAUGCUGUAGUUGAGAUUGAGAAAAAGCUUCUCGAUUUACAACAGAUUUACCUUGAUAUUGCAGUACUUGUUGAAUCCCAAGGAGAAAUUUUAGACAACAUAGAAAGUCAGGUUUCGACUGCAGUCAGUAACGUCCAAUCCGGGACGGUUGCCCUUCAAAAUGCAAAGAAGCGACAGAAGAGUACAAGAAAGUGGACGUGCAUUGCCAUUAUAAUCCUCCUAAUCAUAGUUGCUGUUAUAGUUGUUGGAGUCCUUAAACCUUGGAAGAGCAGCUAGGGUGCUUGCCUUAUUCACUCUUCUUGUUUGACCGUGUAGUUAGAAUGGAACCACUAGUUUUCUUGUCUCAAGAGUGCAUGUUCUGUUUUGCAUGAUCCCAUUUUUCUUAGUUUUGAGCACUCGGGUACUUGUUCCUUUCAUUUCUCGUCUUUUUUUCUUUAUAUAUACAUUUUCUAAUUAAGGUGCGAAGUUUGGUCUGUUAAUAUUUAUAAGAUUUAAGCACACAUGUAUAGCAGCUCAUCUUUAUGGAAAUUAUCCUCUCUUUUUCUCCUCCAA